AUGUUAACUUUAACAUGGAUUAUAUUUUUUUGUACAAUGCCCUUUUCAUUAUUUUUUUGUAUCAAAAUUGUUCAAGAAUAUAAAAGAAUGGUUGUUUAUAGGUUAGGUCGUCUCCGUGGACCUAAAGCUAUUGGACCUGGAAUUGUUUUGAUAUUACCAUGUGUUGAUGAACAUCAUACAAUUGAUCUUCGUACAAUGUCUUAUGAUGUACCAUCACAAGAAAUGUUAACAAAAGAUUCUGUAACUGUAUCUGUUGAUGCAGCUGUUUAUUUUAGAACACAGGAUCCUGUAGCAACAAUAGCUAAAGUUUCUGAUGCACAUCUUAGUACAAAACAACUAGCACAAACAACAUUACGUAAUAUAUUAGGAACCAGAACAUUAAGUGAAAUAAUGGCUGAAAGAGAGGGAAUAGCUCUUCAGGCACAAGAAGUAUUAGAUGGAGGAACAUUUGUUUGGGGCAUAAAAGUUGAAAGAGUUGAAAUAAAAGAUAUUCGUCUCCCUAGAGAACUAUGUCGGGUAUUAGCAGCUGAGGCAGAAGCAUCAAGAAAUGCAGAUGCAAGAUUUGUUUCUGCUCAAGGAGAAUUAGAAUCAUCUUUUUAUUUAAAAGAUGCCGCUAACAAACUUUCAGAAACUCCCAGUGCAUUACAACUUAGAUAUCUUCAGACAUUAACAAAAAUAUCAAGAAUACAUAAUCACACAAUUGUUUUACCAAUACCAAUAGAAAUUAUUCGAAAAGUAAUGAACAAAUUUAGUAACAACAAACAAAAAAAUAAACUUAUUCCAUGUGUAUGA